AAACAUCAAAACAAAUUUUGUGGGAAGUUAGCAAAUAUGUGAUUUUCGUUCCGCAGUUUUUUUAUAUUAAUUUUCUUAUCAAUUUCAUAAAGGAGUGUUUCGAUUUAGAUCCUAUAUGUUGCAAUUGCAACUCAUUGUAGUUGUUGUGUGACGGACUAAAUUGCAAUAUUUAAAAUGUGUUGUAAUUUGUGAUAAUUAUAAGCGAAAAGUGUGUGUUGUGAAGUGAAGCGACGGCCUCUGCGACUAAACGUCUUCAGCACAAAACAAAACACAUACGGCUUGUGCGAACAAGCCAAGUGGAAACUUUCACAAUCAAAACAAAAAGGAUCAGCAAGCAAUACUGCAACGCCGCCGCAGGAUUAUAGCAUCAUAAAAAUAUUUGACUACAAAGUAUAUGUAAAUUGCGGCAAAGCGUGUUUACGCACACCCACUCUACACUAACCUAAGCAAAGAUGUCCACAGAAGAGCCGAUUUGGCGUCAAUGUAUUGCCAAUCGCUUGCGCGAUAGAAAUCGCAAUGAAACCAAAGGAAAGGAGAUUAUACUGCAAAAUAACCGUCUAAUUGACCAGGCUUCUCAACUGAAGGCGGAAAAUUUAAAGAUUUCCGUUGAAAAUGAGCAACUGCGCACAGCACUUUCAACAGGUGGUGGCAAAGAUGCUACGGGCGCACAAUUAGCCAUUGCAGCGUUGGAGAAGAAACUAUUGGCACAACAGGAAGAAUUGACGGACUUACAUAAACGUAAAGGCGAAAAUUCUCAAAUGAUUGUCGACUUAAAUCUCAGCGUGGAGAAGCAGAAAAAACUCAUAGCCGAGAAAGAUUUAAUUAUAAACGAACAACGAGCUGCCAAUAAUUCAUUACGUGCAGAGGUGGAAAUGUUGAAAUCAAGCUUGGAACAGUUAAAGAAACUUAAUACGACAUUGCUAGAUGAGCAUACUGCGCUCCAAUUGGCGUUCAGCUCUUUGGAGGAAAAAUUGCGUGGCGUGCAGGACGAGAAUCGCUGCCUACUGGAGCGUUUGAUGCGCUACAAAUCGAAGGAUGCCGACAAGUUGAAUGAGGAGAACGAGAAUUUCCUAAGAAAACGACUGCCGUCAAUUUUCAGAAAACGUUCGGACAAAUUGAAACGUGAUCUCGAAGACGCCGUCCGUGAGCCGAACUCACAGCAUCGCAAUUCGGGUAGUCCAUCGCAAUUGGGCGGUGACGACGGUGACAAUAUAUCGUUGACAGCAGUUGGUGGCGGCAAUAACGGUGCAGUCGGUGGCAUAGACUAUUAUAAUCUCGAUGAAAUGUUGGGACCACUGCAUGAGCCCAACUUGAAUCCAUGUUUAGUGUCUUCCUCAAUACCAACAACAAUAUAUAUGAAAUUCGAAGCGCACGACAAUGAGUCACAUGCGGUGCGCUGGAGUCCGGUGGAACGCCUCGUGGCGACCGGUGGCGGUGAUCGCAAAGUUAAACUCUGGGAUGUGGGGAAAGUGGCGCAGGAGCCGCGCGCAGUUUUGGGCGGCAGCAGCGCUGGCAUAAAUUCCGUGGAUUUCGACUCGACCGGCACUUACAUACUGGGUACCUCAAAUGAUUAUGGCGCACGUGUGUGGACGGUGGCGGAUAGUCGUUUAAGGCACACACUCACCGGUCACAGUGGCAAAGUGAUGGCCGCCAAAUACCUACAAGAACCCAUCAAAGUGGUGACUGGCAGUCAUGAUCGUACACUAAAGAUUUGGGAUCUGCGCAGCAUAGCCUGUAUUGAGACGAAAUUCGCCGGCUCCAGUUGCAAUGAUCUGGUAACCACCGACAGCCUCGGCUCGACCAUCAUCAGCGGGCACUACGACAAAAAGCUGCGCUUCUGGGACAUCAGAACGGAGAAGCAGGCGGACGACAUAUUGUUGCCAGCGAAGAUCACAUCGAUUGAUCUGUCAAAGGAUGGCUACUACCUAAUCUGUUCCAUUAGAGAUGAUACAAUAAAACUAUUAGAUUUACGCAAAAAUCAAAUAAUCGGUUCAUUUUCCCAUGAAAAUUUCAAACUCAGCUGUGAUUGGGCGCGAGCCUCAUUCAAUACAUGCGGCUCGAAGGUGGCGUGCGGCUCAGCCGACGGCUUAGUCUAUAUCUGGAAUGUCAUGGGCGAAUUGGAGGCGACGCUCAAGGGUCACACUUAUGGUUCCGGUUUCUUUCACAGCUCGGCGGUGAACGCGGUCAGUUGGUGCCCCAACAGCAAUGCGCUGGCCACCGUGGGCAAAGGCAAACGCUGCAUCAUUUACACUGAAUCGUAGCCGCGCAGCGAGCGGCCGUGACAGCCGAGGAGGCGACAACAACAGCAACAACAGCAGCGCAGCGGGGCGGGCAACAUGGCUAAGUGGCAGCUAUUGUUUGGUGGCGGCGGUUGCAAGUGGCAGCAACUCUACCAGCGAAGCGCAAUUUACAUUGUAGCAACAACAAAAACAGCAAGAACAACAACUGCAACGUGUGCAAGCUUUGGUGCGUCGGCGUGGGCGUGCUUUAGGGAGGGGGUGCAACCGGCAACUGAUGAAAGUAAUUGUGUAUUUUCGCAAUGUUGCAAGUCUAUUUUUUCUAUUAUUUUUUUUUAGUCGUAAGUAAAAUUUGCUUGCAGCAAACUUAAAGUCAAUGUUUAUAAAUUAUAACAACAACAACAACAAUGGCAAAGAGUUACAAGUAAAGUGCGCUAAAUUUAUAAAAAAAACAAAAAAAAAAUAAAAAAAAGUUUUGUAUUUGUAAAAAUUAACUGUUAACUAUCUAUAAGCAAUUCUCUCGGUAUAUGUAUAUUUGCAAUAAUUUUUGUAAAGCAUAUUCAGAAAUUUUAAUUAUUAUGUAUUGGAAAUUGCACGGCAGCAAAGUGAAUUUACUGCGAACAUUAAAAUUUGAUCAUUUAGAUUUUUAUAAAUUUUAUAUACUAUAUAAAUGAUAUGACUGCUACAAUUAUAUAUUUCUAUUAAAAAAAAUACGUUUGUGGAGAUUAAUUAAAUGAAUUUUCUAUUUAAUUUUUUUUUUGUAAAUUUUGGCUUGUAUGUUGUGCACCUAAAAGUAUGUGUUUCGGAUUUUUUUUAUGAAAAAAAUUUAAUUAAACUAAAUAUAACUUUUCUAAGAACAAAAUAAUAUUUCUCAUUG